AUGGACUCUUUUGUGCAUGUCCGUCAGGAGGGGCAGCGACUGACCAACCCGACUGUAUCCGUAUGGGUGGUGCGCCAGUUGUUAAAGUGCUGAUGGGAAAUUGUGACUUUUGUGUCUGGAGGGGGAGUUGGGAAUACUGACCCGUCAGAAAGUGGGUUUGUCCGCCUGCUUGUGUCAUGUUGGCCGCUUCCGGUGGCUUUGGCAGAAGAGAGGCUCACUGGCAUGGGAAGCGCGUCUGUGAAGGAUAACCUGACGACAAACUGGGUCGAGGAAAAUCUCGACUUUGACCUUUUGAUCAGGUUGUAUCUCAGUCGCCUCUUCCGUUUAAUUCGCCAGAAGAGGAGCCCUCUUCGUGCCUGGAUCAGCCGAAUCUGUACAUGCGGGCGUCAACCGUUGACUGGCUGUCCGAGUCUUGCCCAUCUGCCCAGAACGAGAGGAUGGCCAGAGGCAGGCAACCAGUUGUGGGGCUCGAGAUGUCGUCGAGGGACUUAA